CGUCAUUCUGAUUUUGUUGAUACAAUUGUUGUGUAGAUGUUUUCAUUCUGUUCAAUGGUUGUCAGGAAUGCAAUAAAUGAGGCUGACUCGAGUUGUAAAAGGUUAAUUCGUGUCACAUAGUGAGAGAAGAAGAACGAAACUUGCUCCAAGACAAACAGAUACCGUUAAAAACGCUUUGAAGAAUGGAGAACUUUACUGAAAAUUUUCAAGAAUUUUGUUGUGUUUACAAAGUUAUCAAUCGUCUGUCGGAAAACUAUGACGCUACCGAAUUAAAUCAAUCUACCGGUAUCUGCUUCAACGAAAAUGGGUUCGAUUAUUUCCCGAAAGUUAUACGAUAUAUUAAAAUGGAUGCUUCUAAGUACAGGUUGGAAGAUUGUGACAUAGUCGAAACAUGUGAUGAAGGAGUGGAGCCAGUAAACGUUGUGUAUAUAGUGUUUUGGGUAUUACUGCUUCUACUGAUCGUGGGAAGUAACUUACUAGUGAUAAUUACAGUGAAGAAAGUUCUUUAUUUGAAACAGAACACAACGAAUUUUUUCAUAACUUCGCUGGCUGUUAGUGAUCUCCUUGCUGGCGUGUUUAUCAUUCCAAUAAAAAUCCACUUUGCUUACCACAACCUACAUUUUUGUGCGGAUCAAACGAUAUGCAGCAUGUAUGCAACCACGGAUACAAUAUUCUUCUCGAUAUCCAUUACCAAUAUAUUCGUCAUAACCAUCGACCGAUACGUAGCCUUGACAAAAACGUAUAAAUAUCCCACCUUGAUGACGUCACAUCGUUGUAAACUCUUGAUUGCAAUGGUUUGGAUAUACGGGUUCGCGUGGGGCCUUCUGAGUAAUCUAAAAUGGGACGAUAUCUCAAAGCGGUCCAGUCAUAUAUUUGAUUAUCAGUGCAUGUCUAAUCAAAAUUUUUUUUAUAUUUUACUUAUUUUUUCUCUUGUAUUUUACAUCCCAGUAGCCAUUAUGGGAGUACUUUACUUUCGAAUUUUUACCAUCGCUCGAUAUCACGCGCGUAGCAUAUCGAGAAACAAUGGUAGCUUGGUGAGUAAUAAUAACGAUGAAAACGAUGGACAUAGCACAACUUCUUCGCUUGAAGUUUCAAGAUGGUCGCCUGAAGUUGGUCGUCUUUCCCAUUCUGGUCAUUCAACAAAAAUUCACGAUCGGUUGCAACUGAGAAGCGCGUCCAAGUCACAUCAAGUCAUACAGUAUAGGCGCUUGUUAUUUAAAGCUGUGAAAACUAUAGCAACAGUGUACGGAACAUUCAUUCUAUGUUGGUUCCCUGUUAGUAUUCUUUCUCUGAUAUUGUCGAGUUGUAUCGAGUGUUUCUCUAACAUUAACAAACGGUCGACUAUUGUUUUUGUGGACAUACUUCCUAUCUUAAACUGCGCUUUGAACCCAUUUAUCUAUGUCAUCAUAAACAAACAGUACAGAAAAGCUUUCAGCGAAAUGCUACAACACUUCUUUAUUUACAAAGUCAAGUCACCAAAGACGGAGAGCGCCGUCACUAUGCCGACAAUUACCCAUUUCCUCGUUUCCAUGAUAGCUACAAUACUACGCGAGGAGCCUUCAACAUAUUUAAUACAUAGUCAACACUUACCUUUCUGUGGUAACCUCACUCCCAGGAAUUAUUUAGUUCGGACGAACUUUAACAAGGUUUCGCCCAAACAUGAGCACUGGGACGAAGUUGCUGCCUGUGUGUAUGUUUGUAUAGUUUGCAAAUCAAAGAAUGUCGCGUUGCAACGACUUAAUAAAUACUGGCUAUGUUUCGAAGUAAACGUACAGACAAAUGUCUGUUAUCAUCUUCUUAUUUUUCUAGUUAAAAGUUGUGUCAUAUGCCAAAUAUAUAUAGAUGUAGCUAUAUCUGGUUUUAUUUUUAGAUACAGUAAAACUAUUAAAAUGACGAAUUUGACUUUUACGAAAAUGUUCGAUAAUUUUUGCUGUGUUAACUACGCGAUGAAGACAUUUGAUAUGACGAAGGCGAAAAACAUCUCAGAUAUUGUGUCACCAACAAGUCAUUGUUUUGAAGGGCUUCACCUCACAGAAGAAGAAAUGUUCAUCCAUAUUAUCCACUUUUUUCGGAAUAAAUCAUUUCCCUUCAAAGAAGAGGACUGUUUCGAGGAUCCGUGCGAACAACCGAUGACGUCAUCAAGCAUAGUAUACUUUGCAUUCUGGGUAAUUGUUAUGUUUAUAACAGUCACUAGUAAUUUGCUCGUCAUAAUAGCGGUUCAAAAGACACCUGCACUAAAACAAAAUAUAACCAACUGGUUUAUAUCUUCUCUCGCUUUGAGUGACUUGUUAGUUGGGGCAUUUCUUAUCCCCAUAAAAAUUCACGUAGCGUACCACAACUUGUACUUCUGCGCAGGACAGAAGGUGUGUUUGUUUCACAUGAACACGAUAAACGCUUUCUUCGCUGCAUCGAUCACAAAUCUCUUCUUCGUAACGGUGGAUCGAUAUAUAGCAUUACGGCAUCCGUACAAAUACCCAAGCUUGAUGACGUCACGUCGCAGCAAAAUUCUGAUCGUCGUUAUUUGGAUGUAUGGAAUAGCUUGGGGCUUAGCAACCAAUGUCAACUGGGAUGAUUUCAACCUAUCACCGGUUCACAUUCAAGCGUAUCAAUGCUUAAUGAACCAUAACUACUCCUAUAUAUUUUCCGUCUACGCAUUUGUUUUUUAUAUCCCUGUUGGAAUUAUGGGAGUUUUAUAUUACCAAAUUUUUUCCAUCGCUCGUUUCCACGCUCGGAGCAUAUCCGAAACAGUUUAUUGCGACAAUAAUUCCGUUACUUUAAGCAACAAGUACUGUAAUGAAGAACAUAACAACAACAUCAUGUUAAAUAAAAUUAACAACAAUAAUAACAACAACAACAACAACAACAACAUUAACAAUAACAACAUAAAUAAUGACGACGAAAUUUUUACCAGUAUUUCCAUCGUAAGCAGCACAUUAAAUAAACAAGGGGGAAAUGUAUCACGUGACACUUGGUCAGUAGAUACAGACAUUUACGUUGACAAAUACAGCACGACGGCAACAAAAAGUCCGGUAGGUCGUCGAAGCUCUUCAAAGACUUCACAAGUCGUACAAUAUCGAAAAAUGGUUUUUAAAGCCGUCAAAACAAUUGCAACGGUCUUUGGAACAUUUGUUGCUUGUUGGUUGCCAGUAACAACACUUUCCAUAAUGGCAGCAGUAUGUGAUGAAGGUUGCUUCAGUGAGAACAGCAUGUGGGCAAUCAUUUUUUUUGUUGACGUUCUACCUAUUGUUAAUUCGACGCUCAAUCCGUUUAUCUACGCCGUUAUGAAUAAACAGUACAGAAACGCUUUCAAAGAUUUGUUAACUUGUUCCAGAAGAAAAUACUCGCUGAAUUAAAAAAAAAAUCAAUUAUGCUUUGAAUCGCUUAUGACAAAAAUAACAAACACUCAACCCGCGAGGACUUUGAUUCAAAACAUUUCUGCUUUAAAAUUAUGUUAAAAUUUCAAUAUUUACAAAUUGUAAAUAAGGUAGUUUUUGAAUAUUUUUUACGUUAUAGAAAAUAGUUUUAUUUUUAGUGGAUUUACUAGUUUUUUCUACAAUUUCUUUAGUCAUCAUUUUUUAAAUUUAUAACUUGUCAUGUUACAUUGUUGACAACUCAACGCAUGAAUGGAUAUCGUUCAGCUUUUUGCUAAUCUUGUGAUCCUUAAGGAAAUAAAUUAUUGCUGAGACUAAAUUUCUGGAUGUUGCACAUUCUGCAAAAUUAAAUUUCCUGCUAAAAUAAAGUAUUUGUUAAAUUAAAUUUUUGCAAAAUUCUACAAAGGGGGCUACCGCACAUUAAAUAGCCCCAAAAUUUGUUCCAUUAAAUUGUAGUCAUUUUAGAAAACAUUUAUAAUUUUUUUUAAAUAUUUCUUACAAAAAUUUAUAUGUUUGUAUAUAUAUAUUGUAUAAAAAGGAAAGAAAAUUGUAUAUAAUUUCGUAUUUCAAUUUUGGAAUCAAAUAAAUAUACUACAUAGUUAAAAACUUUUUUCCUUCUUCAAAACUUUUGGUAACUAAAGUUAGGGAAUUGGGGAUUUGUUACACAAGACAAUCUAACUUUCUACAGUCCAAAUAUUGAUUUAAAAGAAUACUAUCCACCCCCACCCCCA